GGGUUCCUCGCAGGGGUAAAUAAGUGCGGGCAUCCGCGAGGACCCAGCACUGCGGGCAGCGGCGGAUCCGCUGACCACGUCCAGCUCAGAGGCAGAGUUGAGCAUGGGGGGAAUGUCACCCCUCUUGGCUUUGGGGCUCCUGGUGGCUGGGCUCUGGUCUCCUGUCCACUGUCUCCUGGGGGGGACGCUUGCCCCAGAGACAGUCACCCAGGAGACCCAACACACCGGGACGCCUGUGGACAGCCUCCAACUAGCCUCCAGCAACGUGGACUUCACCGUCAGCCUCUACAAGCAACUGGCUUCGAAGACCCCCACCAAGAACGUCGUCUUCUCCCCCCUGAGCAUCUCCGUCGCCUUGGCGUUCCUCUCCCUGGGGGCCCACGGCGCCACCCGCACCGAGAUCCUCGAAGGCCUCAAGUUCAACCUCACGGAGACCCCUGACCCGGAAGUCCACCGCGGCUUCCAGCGCCUGCUGCGGACCCUUGGCCAGCCGGGCGACGGGCGCCAGCUGAGCGUGGGCAACGCCAUGUUCGUCAGCGAGCGGCUGCAGCUGCUGGACAAGUUCAGGGAGGACGCCAGGGCGCUCUACGCCACCGAGGCCUUGCCCGCCGACUUCCAGGACUCGGCUGCGGCCAGGAGGCUCAUCAAUGACUACGUGAGGAACAGGACCCGGGGGAAAAUUGCGGAGUUGGUCAAGGACCUUGAUGAGCACACAGCCAUGGUCCUGGUGAACUACAUCUUCCUUAAAGCCAAAUGGAAGACGCCCUUCGACCCCAGAGACACUUUUGAGUCAAAGUUCCAUGUGAGCAAGAGAAAGCGGGUAAACGUGCCCAUGAUGAGCCUCGAGGACGUGAGGCUGCCCUACUUCCGGGACGAGCAGCUGCGCUGCACGGUGGUGGCGCUCCGGUACCUGAGCAACGACAGCGCCCUCUUCGUUCUCCCCGACGAGGGCAGGAUGGCGGCCGUGGAGGCCGCACUGCUCCCAGAGACACUGAGGCGGUGGAGAGACUCCCUGCAGAUGAGGAUGAUAGACAGGCUCUUCUUGCCCAAGUUCUCCAUCUCCAGCAGCUAUAAUCUGGAAGACAUACUGCCCAAGCUGGGCAUCCGGAAGGUCUUCAGCAACCAGGCCGAUCUGUCAGGAGUCGCCAGAGAGAAGAACCUAGCAGUCUCCCAGAUGGUCCACAAGACCGUGCUCGACGUGGCCGAGGAGGGUACAGAGGCGGCAGCAGCCACAGAAGUUAAGAUCGUUUUUAUGUCUGGAAGAAUAGGCCCGCUGCUCAUCAUCAGUUUCGACAGACCAUUUCUUCUCUCCUUACACCAUGAAGAAACCGAGGACAUCCUCUUUUGGGCCAAAGUCGCCAACCCCAAACAAGCCUAGGGCUCCCCCUCAAGUGCUGAGGCCCCUUCCUAGGGUGCCGGGGGCCCAGGUCCCCAGACGCAGCCUGGCCUCGGUGCACCAGGGAGCCGCGUGCCUGGCUCAUCCUUUACACGGUGCCGAUGAGCCUGCCUCGUGGCUUCCACACGCACAGGGAGCCUGUGGACCUUUGGAUGGAGGCUCUGAGCCCUCCAGACAGCAAUAAACCACCUUUCUGGGA